AUGACGCUGGCGAUCUUCGGGGAAAGACAGAGCGGCCAGGACGUCCGGUCCGCCAAUGUGGCGGCCGUGAUGGCAGUCGCGAAUAUUCUGCGUUCUUCUUUGGGGCCCCAUGGGCUGGACAAGAUGCUCGUCGAUGACAUCGGGGACGUCGUUGUAACAAAUGAUGGCGCGACAAUCUUGAAGCAGCUCGAGGUGCAGCACCCGGCAGCCAAGGUUCUCGUCGAUCUCUCGGACUUGCAGGACAAGGAAGUGGGAGACGGCACGACUUCUGUCGUGCUGUUGGCUUCUGAGCUGUUGCGCCUCUCGGUGCAGCUCAUAAAAGACGACUUGCACCCCACAGCUGUGAUUGCCGGUUACAGACUGGCGAUGAAGGAGUGUGUUCGCUACCUGAAGAGCCACCUGAGCGUCGAAUUGCAAAAGCUGGAUCCUUCCUUGCUUCUCUCUGUCGCCAAGACUUCCCUCUCCUCAAAGUUCAUCGGGACGGAAGAAGACUUCUUCGCGGAUCUUUGCGUUACAGCGAUCCAAGCUGUCAAGAUGGUAACAGAGAAGGGGGAAGCUCGCUAUCCCGUAGACUCGAUAUCGAUUCUCAAAACUCACGGCAAGAGUGCAAGAGACUCCCAGUUGGUAGAUGGAUUCGCGCUAAAAACUUCUCGAGCUGCGCAAGGAAUGCCGAUGGUCGUGAAGGACGCCAAGAUUGCGCUUUUGGAUUUUGGCCUACGGCAGCACCGCAUGCAGCUGGGAGUCUCCAUUCAAGUGAACGACCCAGAAGCUCUCGAGAAGAUCAGGCAGCAAGAGAAGAACAUAGCCAGGCAGCGCGUCAAGCAAAUCCUUCAAUCAGGAGCGAACGUCAUCGUUACCACACAGGGCAUUGAUGACAUGUGUCUCAAAUACUUCGUUGAGGCCGGAGCGAUCGCAGUCCGUCGCGUUUCGAAGAAAGAUAUUCGCAGGAUUGCAAAGGCCACAGGCGGCACGGUGUGUUUGACUCUCGCAACGCUGGAAGGCGACGAGUUCUUUGACCCCGCAGCCCUUGGCAGCUGCGCAGAGGUGUGCGAGGAGCGCGUUGGCGACUGGGAUUACCUCUUUUUCAGGGGAUGCAAAACAUCCAAGGCGGCAACCGUAAUCCUUCGGGGAGCCAACGAGUUCAUGCUAGACGAAGUCGAGCGCUCUCUGCACGACGCCUUGUGUGCAGUGAGCCGCUGUCUGUCUUCCUCCUCGGUUUGCCCUGGCGGGGGAACGGUAGAAGCUGCGCUUUCUGUGUAUCUCGAGGAUUUUGCGCGCACCCUUGGCAACAGAGAGCAGCUUGCCGUCGCAGCCUUCGCCGAGGCGCUGCUCGUCAUUCCGAAGACUCUCGCGCUGAACGCAGCCUUGGAUGCAACUGAGCUUGUGGCACGGCUGCGAGCGGCGCAUGCAAAGGUGCAGUGCGGCUCCGAGGCGGCUGCAGCCCCGACAGCAGCAGCAGACCCCAAGGGCCUCAUGGGCUUAGAUCUGGUCGGUGGGAAGCUCUGCCCGGCGCUCGCCUCGGGUAUUGUGGAAGCCACAGUCUCUAAAACAAAAAGCUUCAAGUUCGCGACGGAGGCUGCCGUUACGAUCCUGAGGAUCGACGACUUUAUAAGGCUUGCCCCAGAGCCCGAAAGAAAAGAACGAGACUGA